AUGGUCGAGAUCCACGAUCUCACGCAGCGCCAGGUCGGACGCCGGUACCGGGAGCUCGAGGCCGAGCCCGCCUCGUCCGUCACCCUCCUCGUCAAGGCCGGCAGCCGGUACGAGACCAAGCCCGGCCUGGCGCACGUCUUGAAAGACUACGCGUUCAAGAGCACCGACAAGCGUUCGACGCCGGGCGCCAUCCGUGAGGCCGACUCGCUCUGCGGUGCCGUCCUCUCAUCAAGCCUCUCGAGGGAGCACCCCUCCGUCACGGCCGACUUUUUGGAGGCGGUUUUGGUUGACGUCCCCGCAUCCCCCCUCGCCUCGCCCAAGCCCACCGGCUACGAGCUCUCCGAGUGGGUCACGCCCACGUGCGAGGCCGAGACUGCCGUCUCGCUCGCCUUCCGCGCCGGCCUCGGAAACUCGCUCUUCGGCCCCGCGCACACCCAUGUUACCGCCGAGGACGUCCAGGCGUUCGCUGCCUCCGCGUUCACCGCUGGCGACGUCGCCGUCGUCGGCUCUGGCAUCGACGCCGGUCCCCUCGAGCAGCUCCUCAACAAGUCCCUCGGGAAGCUCUCCCCCUCUUCUGCGACCUCGUCUGCGGGCGCCUCGAAGGACUUUGGCGGGGAGUCCCGCUUCGCGGCCGACGGGCCGCAGACGGUGUUCAUCGGCUUCGGGGAGCAGGGCGCGGCCGCGCCGGGGCUCGCCGUGCUCCCCGCGCACCUCGACCCGAGCCCGGCGGUGAAGUGGACGAAGGGAACGUCGCCGCUCGAGGCGGCGGCGACCCCGACGGCAUCCGUCCGGAUCAUCCUCCUCCCGUAUAGUACGGACGCGACGCUCUUUUGCGUGCUCGUGCAGGGCGCGACGGCCGCGGAAGUCUCGGCCGCGGGCUCGGCCGCCGUCGCGGCGCUCAAGGCCGCGGGCUGCCUCAGCGCAGAGGAGCUCCAGAAUGCGGUGGUGAACGCCAACUUCAAUGCGGCGGCGAGCUCGUUCGACUACCAGGUACGCUGUUGCGGGCUCCGACAUGGCCACCGCGUCUGGGUAUUCGCAGGUACGUCUCGUUUUCUGUUUUCCCCGCUAUACCUCCCUGUCACUCAUGCGCACGCCAUGCAUGAUGUCUCGCGGGCCGCCUCUGUGCUACUCAAGAGCAAGCCGACGUUCGUAGCUGUCGGCGACAUCGCGUCUCUCCCCUACCCGGACGAGCUCGGUCUCUAG